AUGCCGGGGCCCGGGGGCCGCGCGGACGAGGGCGGCGGCGAGGACGCGGCGCUGGGGCGGGAGCCGGCGCGGCUGUGCGGCUACCUGCAGAAGCUGUCGGGCAAGGGCCCGCUGCGCGGCUACCGCAGCCGCUGGUUCGUGUUCGACGCCCGCCGCUGCUACCUGUACUACUUCAAGAGCCCGCAGGACGCGCUGCCGCUCGGACACCUGGACAUCGCCGACGCCUGCUUCAGCUACCAGGGCCCCGACGAGGCGGCCGAGCCCGGCGCCGAACCGCCCGCGCACUUCCAGGUGCACAGCGCGGGCACCGUCACGGUGCUCAAGGCUCCUAAUCGUCAGCUCAUGACGUACUGGCUACAGGAGCUGCAGCAGAAGAGAUGGGAAUAUUGCAACGGUCUCGACAUGGUCAAGUGGGACAGCAGGACCUCCACCACCCUCGGGGACUUUGCUAAGGGCCUUGUAGCCAGAGAUGCCACAGAUUUCAUUUACCCACACCUGAAUGCUUCUGCAGAAAAAGCCAGAAAUGUCCUAGCUGUGGAAACUGCCCCUGGAGAGCUGAUGGGAGAACAGGCUGCAAGUCAGUCAGCCCCAGGGCACCCGAAUUCCAUCAAUUUCUCUUUGAAGCAGUGGGGUGCUGAGCUCAAAAAUUCAAUGUCUUCUUUUCGCCCUGGGAAAGGGCAUGAUAGUCGGAAGAGUGUGUUUUAUACCAGUGACGAGUGGGAGCUCCUAGACCCGAGCCCUAAGGACCUGGAGGAGUCCGCAGUCCAAGAAGAGAGGAGGAAGCAGAUGCCCGAAGGAAACAAAGGAGUGACUGGCUCAGGCUUUUCCUUUGAUUCGGUACGCGUUCCCUACAAAGGAAAGCGCCCUUUGAGAGACAUGAUUGGGUCGUACAGAAGCCGUCACAGCAGCGGGGACCCUGCUACUGAGGGGACGUCGGGCAGUGGUGGCGCCAGCAGGCUGGCCUCCGCCAUGCGGCCGCAGGUGCACAGCCAGCAGGAGGAACUGGAAUGCUUGAAGAAAGACCUGUCCACGCAGAAGGAGCUUGUGCGGCUGCUGCAACAGACGGUGCGGUCGUCCCAGUAUGACAAGUAUUUCACGAGCAGCCAGCUCUGUGAUGGGGUCCCACAGGACACACUCGAGCUGCUGCACCAGAAGGAUGACCAGAUUCUGGGCCUAGCCAGCCAGCUGGACAGGUUCAACCUGGAGAAAGAGAGCCUUCAGCAGGAGGUGAGGACACUGAAGAGUAAAGUGGGCGAGCUCAACGAGCAGCUGGGGAUGCUGAUGGAGACCAUCCAGGCCAAGGACGAGGUCAUCAUCAAGCUGUCGCGGCAGCUCAGCGAGUGCGAGAGCAGCGCGGCGUCGCCCACCUGGGCCCCCGGCUCGCCCACCGCCGGCCCCGCCAGCAGGGACCAGCUGGAGCUGGACAGACUGAAGGAUAAUCUGCAGGGGUACAAAACCCAAAAUAAAUUUCUAAAUAAGGAAAUUUUGGAACUGUCGGCACUUCGGAGAAAUGCGGAAAGGAGAGAGAGGGAUCUGAUGGCCAAGUAUUCGAGCCUGGAAGCCAAGCUCUGCCAGAUAGAAAGUAAGUACUUGAUCUUGCUCCAAGAAAUGAAGACACCUGUGUGCUCAGAAGAACAGGGGCCUGCCCGGGAGGUCAUAGCCCAGCUGCUGGAGGACGCUCUGCAGGUCGAGGGCUCAGAGCAGCCGGAACAAGCAUUUGUGAAGCCUCAUCUUGUCAGUGAGUAUGACAUCUAUGGCUUUAGGACUGUCCCUGAGGAUGACGAGGAAGAGAAGUUGGUGGCCAAAGUCCGAGCGUUGGACCUGAAGAGUCUCCACCUCACAGAAAACCAGGAGGUUUCUACCGGGGUCAAGUGGGAAAACUACUUUGCGAGCACGAUGAACCGGGAGAUGGUGUGCUCUCCAGAACUGAAGAACCUGAUCCGGGCAGGCAUUCCCCACGAGCACCGUUCCAAGGUGUGGAAGUGGUGUGUGGACCUUCACACCAGGAAGUUCAAGGACGGCACUGAGCCCGGCUACUUCCAGACCUUGCUGCAAAAGGCGCUGGAGAAGCAGAACCCGGCCUCCAAGCAGAUCGAGCUGGACCUGCUGCGGACACUGCCCAACAACAAGCACUACGCGUGCCCCACCUCGGAGGGCGUGCAGAAGCUGCGCAGCGUGCUGCUGGCCUUCUCCUGGCGGAAUCCGGACAUCGGCUACUGCCAGGGCCUGAACAGGCUGGUGGCAGUGGCCCUCCUGUACCUGGAACAAGAAGACGCUUUCUGGUGCCUGGUCACCAUCGUGGAGGUCUUCAUGCCUCGAGACUACUACACGAAGACUCUUCUAGGGUCCCAGGUGGACCAGCGGGUGUUCAGAGACCUGAUGAGUGAGAAGCUGCCACGGCUGCACGCCCACUUCGAACAGUACAAAGUGGACUACACCCUCAUCACAUUCAACUGGUUUCUGGUGGUAUUUGUGGACAGUGUCGUCAGUGACAUCCUCUUCAAAAUAUGGGACUCUUUCCUGUAUGAGGGACCAAAGGUCAUCUUCCGUUUCGCCCUGGCACUUUUCAAAUACAAGGAAGAGGAGAUCCUGAAAUUACAAGAUUCGAUGUCCAUAUUCAAGUACCUCCGAUACUUCACUCGCACAAUCCUCGACGCUCGGAAGCUGAUCGGUAUCUCCUUCGGGGACCUGAACCCAUUCCCCCUGCGCCAGAUCCGCAACCGGCGCGCCUACCACCUGGAGAAGGUGCGGCUGGAGCUGACGGAGCUGGAGGCCAUCCGGGAGGACUUCCUGCGCGAACGGGACACCAGUCCUGACAAAGGCGAGCUGGUCAGCGACGAGGAGGAGGACACCUGAACGGCCCCGCCCCACAACCACAGCCAAAGUGCGAGCGGCAGAGACUCUGCUCCUCAGACCCAGAACGUAACCCCGUGGGCUCCGGAAACCUGCUGGGCAGCUGUCUGAGCCUCCGCACUUCCCCUCGGCCAGAGACACGUUUCCGCAUCUUUCUCCACGCGUGUCCCACCUGCCCCUCACGCGUUCCAGCAGACCGGCGUC